CAUUGAAAGAGAGAAAAUCAAAAGUAAGUACCCAUGAGAAAGAAUGAAGUUUCCCGUUUUGUAGGGAGUAAGAAGAGGAACGGCGGAGACUCCAUUAGUGCCUGUAUUUUUCUUCAUCAACUGUGUCUUCCAUUUGGAUUCGGUGUGAAUCCUCUUUGCGUUGGUUAUACGAGCUGGAAAUGACAGAUCGGGUAUAAGAAGAGAGGCGGAGGAUGCAAAGCUCCUGCCGGCGAACUCCAUUGCAGCAGCAGCAGCAGCAUGACGCUGUUAUUGACUGCUGAUCAGGAGAUGGAGAAGGGGACCAUCAGACCACAGGUCGAACCUUCUUCUUCCUCCUCACCCCAACUUGCUCCUUUUCUUCCAGAAUUGGCACCCUCCCGAACCAGCGCCCCUGCUCCUACGCCCGGCCUUGCUCGGUACUCUCCCCUCUGCGCCCUGCUCCUACGCCCGAGCCUUGCGCCUGCGCCCCUGCUCCCUGCUCUGCGCCUGACUGUGCUUUCUGCGCCCAGAUCCCGUGCCCUCUACGCUUCCCCUGCACGCCUGCGCGCAAUCAUGCACUCCUGCGCGCAAUCAUGCACUCCUGCGCCCCACAAUCAUGCGCUCCUACGCCCCUUGCUGCUGCACCGAACCAGCCCUUGCCGCCUGCACCCCUGUACUGCUGCACCGAGCCUGCGCCUUCUACACUCUGCGCCCAAUCCGGUGCCGCUACCUCUUGCACGCUACAGCCAUACAGAAAAAACAGCACAUGCUCAUUAGUGAUUGACGGAGCAAGUUUUUUUUAUCUAUUUCAUUUUAUUUUAUUUUUUAUUUGGAUAUAUAUAUAAAAAAAUGAGAUGAGAAGGGAGUCUUUGCUUGAUUUUGGAGUUUGAUUUUGGGGGUCUGGGAGGGAGGGAGAAGAGGAACUGAAAAUUGAAAGGAACAGAUCUAGAGGUUCUU